ACGAGGUGUGAAAUGGAGAAGUACCUGGCACCUCAGCUCCCACCCGUUCCAGUCAUCCCUGAACAUAAGAAAUACAGAAGAGACAGUGCCUCAGUUGUAGACCAGUUUUUCACUGACAGCGAAGGGUUGCCUUACAGCAUCAACAUGAACGUCUUCCUCCCCGACAUCAGCCACCUGAGAACUGGCCUGUACAAAUCUCAGCGACCCUGUGUAACCCACAUCAAGACAGAGCCGGUCACCAUCUUCAGUCACCAGAGUGAAACUACUGCCCCUGCCCCUGCUCCCCCCACUCAGGCCCUCCCCGAAUUUACCAGCAUCUUCAGCUCCCACCAAACUCCCGAUGUGAACAACAUUUUCAUCAAGCAGGAGCUUCCUACUCCAGAUGUUCAUCUUUCUGUCACGCCCCAGCAAGGCCAGUUAUAUCAGCUCUUGAGCUCACCGGAUUUAGAUAUGCCCAACACUACUCCUCAGGCAGCCGUGAUGGACUCCCUUAACAGUGUCUCCAUGCCGUCAGCCAUGGCGGGCCUUAACACGCUCUCCUCUGCUGUUCCACAGACUGCGAUGAAACAGUUCCAGGGCAUCCCCCCUUGCACCUACCCCAUGCCAAACCAGUUUCUGCAACAGCAGGCCACUUACUUCCCUCCUUCGCCCCCGAGCUCAGAGCCUGGAAGUCCAGACAGACAAGCAGAGAUGCUACAGAAUUUAACCCCUCCUCCGUCGUACGCUGCGACUAUAGCUUCCAAGCUGGCAAUUCACAAUCCGAAUUUACCAGCCACUCUGCCCAUCACCCCCCAGAACAUCCAACCUGUCCGAUACAACAGGAGAAGUAACCCAGAUUUGGAGAAAAGACGUAUCCACUACUGUGAUUAUCCCGGCUGCACGAAAGUUUAUACAAAGUCUUCUCACUUAAAAGCGCACCUGAGAACCCACACGG